UGAACGGAGCCUUCAGCCUGAUGAUGCCCACCUGCGGUGAAUGGUUCAAGUGGUGGCGUGGGCCUGCCAGGAAGGUGACGCUGGUCAUGGUGGGCCUGGACAAUGCCGGUAAAACCACGACGGUGAAAGGGAUUCAAGGAGAAAUCACAAAGAAGGUGCUCCCCACCGUGGGCUUCUCCAAAGUCGACGUGAAGCAGGACAAAUUUGAGGUCACCAUCUUCGACUUGGGUGGCGGGGAAAGGAUACGAGGAAUCUGGAAGAAGUACUACCCGGAGUCGCAUGGCGUCGUGUUCGUCGUGGACUCCAGCGACAUCAGGCGCAUCCAGGAGACCAAGGCCACCAUCGCCGAAGUGCUGCGACAUCCGUGGGUCUCUGGGAAGCCCGUCCUUGUGUUGGCCAACAAACAGGACCAUGAGGGAGCCCUGGCUGUGGGGGAAAUUAUAGAGCAUCUGUCUUUGGAGAAGCUUGUCAACAGAAAUCAAUGUCCCUGUCAAGUUGAGCCGUGCAGCGCCGUCGCGUCGUGCGGGAAGAAGGCGGACGGGCCCAUCGAGAACGGGCUCAACUGGCUCCUGAGAAGCAUCGGCGAGGACUACGAGGCCAUCCGAGAGCGCGUGCGUAGGGACACGGAGAGGCAGAGGGCCCACGAGGAGCGAGAGCUCUGCAAGGACGGCCGUACGGGGACGGGGGAGGAAGCGUUGCGAGAAGGAGGCCCGCCACAGGAAGAGGACAUGGAUGACGGACUCUGGGCGGGCCCCUUCGGGCCUGUUCGCAGCGUCGUCACAGAGAAUGAGGGGAAGCUGAUGAGGCAGCACAAUGGCCAGGAGGGCGGCGCCAGAAGGCAGGGGACCCCCGGGGAGGGGGACGGCGAGUCGGUGUUCAGCACAUACGGCGAAACGCUCCUUCAGCAGUGCCAGCGAGAACGGGUGGAGCACAUGGGGAGCCCAGAGAGCCCUGAAUCAGCCUCUCGCGUCAGAAAGAAGAAGAAGGUAUUUUGCCUGAAGAGGAAUAACCGAGUGGACCCCCUGAGACCCGACGUGGGGGGAGCGGACAGUCCCAACCUGCACCCAGUUUCAUGGGCUGUUCCUGCAUUCGACAGACUUCCAGAGCACGGCUUCAUGCGGAUGUACAGGACCUUCUGAUUUCCUCCAUCUCCUCACCUUUGGGCAGAGACAUGAUGGUGUCACUUGUGGUGUGUCUGAGGUUGGCACCCAAUUCCUGAAGUUCACGCUCUUCACUGCUCUUUUCCCGUAACUUUUUUUUUUCCCGUGAGUGGUGUAAACUGGUGUGAUUAACGCUGUGGCUACACCUACAGUUUAAUUGUAGGUGGGUUUUAAAGAAGAACCCAGAUGAAUCAAACCUCUACUGUUAUACAUGGUUUUCUGGUAAACUUUGACAACACAAACUAAAACAAUUUCUUACAAGUUCUUUGAUUGAAGUGAGAACCUUAAACUCAUGUCUACUUCAUAGAAUUGUAAUGUGUAACUUUUGUCUUCAUCUCUUCAUAAAGACAGGUAUGAAAGUAAUGUUAUGCCCUUUAAGAGAAUUGAAUACAUGGGCAAAAGGGAAUGUACUGUAGGAAGUGCAUUUAUGGAUUAUGUCAAAUCUGUGAAUGAGUCAGCUGUAUAUAACUCAGUUAUUUCAGUAUUCUUCUAGAAAAAGAAGCUAUUUAUUAUGGAUUAAUAUAUUGUUGAUCUGAAAGAAGCUGCCUGCUGCUACAGCAGCACACAUACUGUAUGGUGGAGGAGUGACACAUGAAUAACAGAGUAAUUAAAUUACUUCAAACAGGUACAAAACUAACAACUUAAAUAUGGGUGACACAGGAAGUAGGUGCUGCUGUCACACAGCACCUGGG